UAGAAAUCGAACGAGCUGUUUUUAACAUUUUUGCCAUUUUUUUCUUGUUAAAUUCACCUUUUUCUAACGAAUGGCAUCCGAAUUCUAUCGGUCCUGAUAUCACUAUCAGCAUGGUCUCCCUUGUCAAACAUUGGAGGGAAGCGGCCUCUGUGAUAGUGGCAGCAAAAUCAGGUGUUGGUCACAUCUUGUCACAAAGUCAAGUGUCUGCAGCCAGAAGGAAACUUAUGUGCGACUACAAAAUUCUCUUGUUGAGGAGAAGUGGAAAUAUGAAGUUUUUCGCCAAUUCUUAUGUUUAUCCCGGAGGUGUUGUUAGCAAUGCAGACUUCUCUGAUAACUGGGCAAAAAUGUUCCAAAACUGUAGCACAGAUGUAACAAAAUUAGGAAAGAAGAUGGAGGGUAGUGUCCGCUCUCAACUGAUGAGUAGGAUUCACCAGUCUGUCAUACCGAAUGAGAUUGGUUUCCGUAUUUGCGCCAUUCGUGAGGCAUUUGAAGAAUCGGGCAUACUCCUAGCUAGGGAUAUAAAUGCAGUGAAACAAGAUGCUCCACUCCUUGGUAAAGAAAUUCACAUCUAUGACAAAAAGGAAGCCAAAUCUUUAUUAGAAUUGUGGCGAGGAAAAGUCCACAAUGAUGCAACUCAAUUUAUAGAACUCUGCAAAGAACUUUCCAUAGUUCCUGAUGUUUGGGGAUUGAUUGAAUGGUCGGACUGGCUGACGCCUUGUUUUCUCCCACCUCCUGGGAAGAGGUUUGAUACCGUGUUCUUUCUAUGUGCUACGGAUACUUGUGGAAGUCAGGUUGAUGUCACACACGAUGAGAAAGAGACAACAAUGAUACAGUGGUGUUCCCCUGAUGAAUCCCUGACCUUGUUCGGUGAACAGAAGAUGAAAUUUGGUCCUCCCCAGCUUUAUGAGAUGGCCCGCCUCUGCAGGUACAACAAGUUGGAAGAUCUGGUCCAACAUGCUGUGGGUAGGGCACCUCAGGGAUGUGAGCAGUGGCUGCCAGUUAGGAUUGAGUUUGAGGAUGGCAACAUUGCCCUUAUGCCAGGUGAUUCAUUGUAUCCUGCUGAACCUGAUGUUAUAGGAGAGCACCCAUAUCCAACUGCUACAGGGUCAUAUCAGUCAAGACAGGAGCAGGACAGGUUCCUGAACCGUUUCGAGUUUCAGACAAUGACAUUAGUAUCUAACCUACCUAGUUUAAGUUUGAACCAGACAGCUCCUUUAGGCACAAAUGACUUGAAGGUCCUUUUCUCUCAUAUGAAGCCUAAACUUUGAUAUUAUGUUGAGCAAGCUCUCAGGGGGAUUUGUGUGCUAAAUUUGGUGCUGCCAAAAACAUUCAAGGCUUAUAGCAAGAGGAAAAGUGUACAUGUUGUGUCAUUGCCAAGAUACUGGCAAUAAUAGAAAGACAAUUUUGAUGCGACGAUAAUAAAGAUUUUCAUGUCAA